AUGUCUUCCUUCGAUAGCUACGGCAGGGUCAAGACCCUAUUUGUGCUGGGCAUCACCGCCUCAGCCGUUACCUCUGGUGGUCUGCUCGCCACUUCAUUCAUGCACGUCCCAGGCUACGUGCAAAACUCAAAUGAGGAGGUCCUUCUGAAUCAAUGGCAGACCAUGGGCACCAUUGGCAAGGCCGUCGUGCCACCGCUCGCUCUGAUUGCCACCGGCGCCAACUUCCUGAACUCCUACUUCACCCAUACCCAGCCGCAGCACUAUCGAUUCAUGGCCGCCGGUGCGCUGAGUCUUGCUAUCCUGCCCUACACAUUCCUCUCACUCGACUCGACGAACGCUGAACUGGCUUCGAGGGUGGAGAAGAAGCAAGGUGGCUCGGACUUGACCUUGAGGAAUCUGAGCGUCAAAGAAUUGAUCAAGAGAUGGGGCACGCGCAGCGCCAUCAGGGGAGUUCUCUUGCUGGCGAGCGCCCUUAUCAGUUGUGAUGCCAUGUUGCAUUUGUCGUUUUAG